AUGAUAGCACUGCCAGUCCGACGUGAAUUCCUAUCUCCUAACACCCGCCCCUAUGGCUCUGUUUCCUCAGGUGUGGUCACCAGUCGUUCAUCUACGAAUAGAAGCACAGAUGAAUUACGUCGCAUUGCACGUAAGGCGCUCCAGGAUCACAGGAACAUGUUUGGCAAUCCCUUAGAAACCCCAAGCGUUGAAUCAAUCCUCGAAGCCUAUGAAAGGGAUGGCAAUGGUGAUACAAAACUACUUAUGGCCAUCUUGCAAGCCAAAAGACAGGAGGACGAGCGAGUUGCCGCACACUAUGAUCUCCAAGCUGCGAACUUCAAUCAUGUCCGGCGACGCACGACAAUGAUCUCCAAUAGAUCAAGUUCAAUUCAGCCAUGUAAGGCUGCGCUCCAACGACAAUCAUCGAGUUCCUCGACUUCGACCGCUAGUACUGCGCCAUUGGCAAAUAGUGCCAAACGAGAUCGAGAUUCUUCAGAAGAGCCACUGUCAAAGGGUCAUAAUCCGAAAACCAAGAUUAUCCGACUCAGUCCAUUGAAACUAAGCCAUACAUCAUCUUCGUCAGUCAAAACCUUUUCUGCACAAUCUGGAAGCAGCUUCUCGGGCAAAUCGUCAAAGCCGCGAGAAAAUGCAUCCACUUGCCGCCCAUCUUCCGAGAGUCCACCCUUGGAAUCUGUCCUAACACCCAGGUCGUCUCGCGAGGGGUCAACACCGGCAAUUUUGACCGAUGUAUCUCCGAGAAGCUCUCCACUUUCUUUCUCACUUGCAAGAUUACUCAAUGAUCCCAUCACAGUCACUCCUCACUCCUCUCCAUGA